AUGGGCUUUCAAGGCAUAUACCGCGCCAUAUACGACUAUGCACCCCAGGCAGAUGGCGAACUCUCCAUCACUGAAGGGGAUCUGCUCUAUAUCUUGGACAAGAAUUUCGACGACGGUUGGUGGAGAGCGAAGAAGAAGGCUAACGCAGAAGAUGGUGACGAGCCCGUGGGCCUCGUUCCAAACAACUACGUCGAGGAGGCUCAGCCUAUGACCCGAGCUCGUGCAUUAUACGAGUACACGCGCCAAACCGACGAAGAGCUGUCGUUCCCAGAGGACGCAAACCUAACUGUGUACGAUGCGUCAGACGAAGAUUGGAUUCUCGUUGGCUUGGGGGAUGAUUUUGGCUUCGUUCCUGCGAAUUACAUCGAGAUCCAAGACGCUGAAAAUGGCAAGUCAGCAGCGGUCCAACCCAUGCCCCCUUCCCUGCCUACACGUCCAAUGCCAGUUGCUGCUGAGCCAGGGCAUCCCUAUGAACCCAGUGCCGGCACGUCUGUAUCACCUCCAUUCAUCCCGGCAUCUUCAGCUACAGAAGACCCAGCGGCUGCUCUGGCUAGCGUCAUACAUGCACGCUCCCUUCGUCGGGAGUCGACGCAGGCGGCGCCGAGCCCUCAGUCAUCGGAGUUUCGUGUGAGUAAUGAAGGGGACGACAAGAAUCGACGGACGCCACAGUUGCCUGCGAGGCCUGCUUCGGAAACCACCAGUUCACAGGCAGGGGACGAACCUCGCAGACACCCUCACGUAGCUGACGGGGUCGAGGUUGAAUCGCCACCUCCUCGUGUUCCGGGAGGCUUUCAUAUGUACAACAUCAAUGAAAUGGUGUCUAUUAUGGGCAAGCGCAAGAAGAUGCCGACGACUCUCGGAAUCAACCUAGGUACUGGAACUAUCCUCAUCGCACCGGAAAGGACGCAGGACGGGCCCACGCAGGAGUGGACGGCCGACAAGAUGACACAUUACUCUCGAGAAGGCAAACACGUCUUUCUGGAGCUAGUCAAGCCCAGCAAAAGCGUUGACUUCCAUGCGGGGGCAAAAGAUACUGCUGAAGAAAUCGUGGGGGCCCUGGGUGAGCUGGCUGGCGCAGUCAAGGCCCAGGGAUUACGGGAGGUCAUUCUUGCUGGAAGCAGCCACCACCAGAAGAAAGGACAGGUACUCUACGACUUCAUGGCCCAAGGGGACGAUGAGGUUACCGUCGCAGUUGGCGAUGGAGUUAUCAUUUUGGAUGACAACAAGAGUGAAGAGUGGUGGCAGGUCAGACGCCUCAAAAACGGAAAGGAAGGUGUUGUGCCGAGCAGUUACAUUGAAGUAACCGGUACCGUCUCGCCACCUAGCUCCUCCGGUUUGAACGCAGGUCUGUCAGUUGUCGAGCAAAAUCGACAGGAGGAAAUACGCCUGACCAAAGAGGCCAUGAAAGCUGGUCAACGAGACGGGCAAGAAAUUCAGGUAGGGCCGGGAAUGCCUUUGCCUGACCGAGGCAGCAGCCUCCUAGCUCAGGAACGUGGUAAUAACUCUGGGCAGCGGAGCAAGCGCGAGACCGGCCAGUUGGGAUCCAACAACUCAAGGAAGUCGAGGCCUGAUGUCGAAAAAGUGCGGACUUGGACGGACAGGUCUAAGUCAUUCAGCGUCGAGGCCCAAUUCCUCGGUCUCAAGGACGGCAAAAUCAACCUCCACAAGAUGAAUGGCGUGAAGAUUGCCGUACCGAUUGCAAAGAUGUCUUUGCCAGAUCUGGAGUAUGUUGAACAGCUGACAGGCAUCUCUCUCGAUGAAGACAAACCUCUCUCCAACGUCAAGAAAGUAAACAAAACCUCCCCCAAUGUUAUCAGAGCCUCGAACAUUGGAGACAAGAUCGGAGCUGGUGCGUCAGUGCAGCGCCCACAAAAGCCCGAGUAUGACUGGUUUCAGUUCUUUCUUUCCUGCGACGUUGCAGUGGGCCUAUGCGAACGAUAUGCGCAGGCCUUUUCCAAAGAGUCUAUGGACGAAAGUGUCUUGCCAGAUGUCGAUGCAAUGGUUCUCCGCAACCUUGGUCUGCGCGAAGGUGAUAUUCUGAAGGUCAUGCGCAAUUUGGAUGCCAAAUAUAGUCGGACAGGCUCGCGUGGAAAGAAAAUCAAAGAUGGGAUUGGCUCGGAUGACGACGGCAGCACAGAAGGAGGGCUCUUUUCGGGUCCUGGUGGCGUACUUCGCAAUAACACAAGGAAAGGCCGACCAGCCCCUGCGGUUCAAGCGAGCGACGUCGUGGAUGCCAAAGGGCUCGCCACGAAGAGCGAAGACAAGUCUCAACCCAAUAAGCCCGCACCUUCGACUGACGAACCCAGGAAUCCCCAGGCCAGUGGCAGUGGGUUUGAUGAUGACGCUUGGGACAUUAAGCCGGCAAAGAAAGUCGAAGAGCGGCAAAAAGCGGCAUCGACGGAGUCUGCUAGGCCACCGGCAUCAAUGACGAGUUCAAUGCAGGAAUUAUCUCUAUUAACAGCUCCGCUUGAGCCAAGCCGACCCCAGACCCAGACGCAAGUUCCGACCCAGUCGCAAGUUCCGGCGCCAUCACAGACCAUUACCCCAGAAAACACGCAAGUGGCGGCACAAGGGUCUCAACAGCCGGGCGCAACUCCUUCUUUCUUUGCGGCAAACUCUCCAAACUCUUCAGGACUCCAGCAACGGCAGCGGCCGACUCCGCCGCAGAUAACGCCAACUCAGGGAUCUGCUCUGAUACCUCCCCCAGCAGCUCGACCGUUGUCUGCGCCCCAAUCCACACAGCCAAGCGCAUUCGCGCCUCCAGCUUUAGGCCCGCUCCCCACCGGAGCGAACUACCAAGCUCGUGUUGCCCCUCCUGGGCAGAGCAUGGAGGAACUGAAUCAAGCUCGUUCUCGGCAACAGUUCAUGGGACAACUGCAACAAUACCCAAUGGCAGGCUUCCCAGGUCAACAACAUGCUCCCGAUACACAUCCUUUUGGGGUGAACAUUCCGCAGUUCAUGCAACCAAUGGUGACGGGGAUGGCGACCCCCCAGUCCCAAGCCCCAUUUGGCGAACCUGGUCGGCCAUCUUCACUGUCUCCCUUACCUCCCCAGGCCACCGGUUAUCCUAUGUCUUACUCUCCAUCUCUACCACUCCAAACUCAUCCCACAGGCAAUGUCAACUCAUUUUUACCGCCAGCGCUGACCCCUCAGCAAGCGGGAAUGCCGUCAUUCCAGCCGCAGCCUACGGGUGCCGACUCCUUCAAAUCGUUGUCUGCAUUGCAACCUUUGCAACCUCAAAAAACGGGACCUGUGCCCCCCGUCCGGUUUGGCAUAACCGGCGAGGCCAAGCCCCUGGCCCCGCAGCCAACAGGCCGCCGGGCGAACCUUGCCCAAGCAACGCCGAACAAUCCUUUCGGCUUCUAG